AUGGAGGAUGGGUCUCCACUUCCUCUCACGGACAAUGAAGCCACAACCUCUCAGAUGGAGGUGCUGCCAUCUUACACUGAUUGCCUUUUUGUGACCGAAUACUUCACCCGAACGCCUCGGAAACUGAACUCGUUCAACUCGUUCGCCAGCGUGGAACUGUUUCACUUCAAUGUGCCUGACGACACCAUGAUGGCCGUAUGGAACCUCAUCACCUUCAAGGAGCAGGGGGGCACGUUCGGAGACAGCUGCCCCAACCGCAACGUGACCGUGUACUUCAGGUCCGGCGCUCCGCCAGUAAUCAACCCCCUGUACACCAGCUUCCCACGGGACACGGUCGUCCCAGGGUCCUUCGCUGUGACUCUGACCUGGACCCUCCCGAACCGCACCACCGGAGCGUUCAACGUGACCAGCCCGCUCCCCGGGGACUGGUUCCUAGCAGCGCAUUUACCCAAGGAUGAAGGCAAGAUCUCAGUCAAGGGGCUCUCUGAAGAAUGCCAGUAUCUGUUCCAGCCUCAGCUCAUCGUCCAGAGGCUGAUCGGGAUUUCAGUUCUCUAUCCAGGAUACUUCAUCGACCAGAUGAUCCCCAUCCACAACAGAUCUGUUCUUUAUAAAGUAUUCAUCCCCAAUUAUACAUCGAAGGUGAAGGUUCAGCUGGUAAACUGCAGCACCAGGAACAGGAGCAGCGACAGUUGUCCCGUGGUGCUGAAGAUAAGAGCCCGGGCGCCGCCGGUUCAUAACUCAAGUGCCCUCGACUGCCGGGAGUGGAACCCGUGUGAAUUAGACACGCUGGAUCCUUCCUGGGAACAGUGGUACUACAUCCUGGUGGAGAGAUACCUGAGCAACUCUGACGUCUACUUCCGCAUCGGGGUGCAGGUCACAGAUUGCUCCAAGCCCAAUUUGUCCAAGGACCGAGCUCAGCCCGGCUCCUCCAUGAACAUGCCGCAGUCCUUCGGAGUCGCGAUGGCCUGCAGCAGAACGCCAGUCACCUGCACACCUCGGAGGACAGCAUCGUGUACCUCGCCCCCACAGCCGACACCACAGUGCUGGCCCAUCCGCCCGACCCUGCGCAACGAGCUGGACACCUUCUCCGUGCACUUCUACGUCUUCUUCGGGCCAAAUAUAUCGGUCCCGCCCGACCGGGCCGCCGUGUUCGCCAUCAACCUGAUGCCGGUGCUAGACAGUGGAGGAGUCCUCAACAUGGAGCUCAAGCUCAACGUGACUGCGCUGAGAGGAGCUAAUGUCACGGUGUUCGGCUGCUUGAAUCACGGGACGCCUCUCUUCUUACGAGGCAACUCAUCACUGAAAUGUGAAUCAGAAUCGGUGUCCGGGUUCUUCCUCUCUGUGAACGCCUCUGCUAACAUCACCAAGCUGAGGAUUCCCUACCCACAGACCGGAACCUGGUACCUCAGCCUGCGCUCUCUAUGCGGCACUGAACACGGAUUUGAGGCGUGCACCAAUGUUACAUCCGAGGUGUACAUGCGCUCGUACCUGACUCCCUGCAUCAACGACUGUGGCACGUACGGACAGUGCAAACUGCUGCGCACCAACAACUACCUUUACGCUGCAUGUGAAUGCAAAGCAGGUUGGGAAGGCUGGGGCUGCACAGACAACUCGGAGGCUUACUCCUACAGUUUCCAGCUCCUCUCCACGCUGCUGCUCUGUCUCAGUAACCUGAUGUUCGUCCCGCCCGUGGCCAUCGCCAUCCGGAGCCACUACCUGCUGGAGGCCUCCGUCUACAUCUUCACCAUGUUCUUCUCCACAUUCUACCACGCCUGUGACCAGCCGGGCAUCGUGGUGUUCUGCAUCAUGGAGUACGACGUGCUGCAGUUCUGUGAUUUCCUCGGCUCGCUCAUGUCGGUGUGGGUCACCGUCAUCGCCAUGGCGAGGCUGAAGUCCAUCAUUAAACAGGUGCUGUAUCUGCUGGGGGCGAUGUCCCUGUCCAUGGCGCUGCAGCUGGACCGUCAUGGUCUGUGGAACCUGCUGGGACCCAGCCUGUUUGCUCUGGGCAUCAUGGCCGUGGCGUGGACCGUGCGCACCGUCCGUCGGCGGCGCUGCUACCCCCCCACCUGGAAGCGCUGGGCCUUCUUCCUCUUCCCGGGCACCAUGAUCGCCACGUCCGCCGUGGCCCUCUACGCCUUCGUGGAGACGGAGGAGAACUACUUCUACAUCCACAGCAUCUGGCACAUGCUGAUCGCCGGGAGCGUGGGCUUCCUCCUGCCCCCCCGCGCCAAGACCGACGCCAAGGCGACCCCGCUGAAGCGCAGGCGGGGCUGCGGCUAUCAGCUCUGUGUGAACGAGCACGAGGAGCUGGGCCUGGUGGACCCGGCCAUCAUCUCCAUCAACAGCAUCUGCACCAGCUGA